GGUGCGGCCCUUCUCGCGCUCAGAAUGUAUGAAGCGAACCCGUUCCUCAAUAUUGUUUCGGAAAUGUUAAGGGCUGGCGCGUCGAUGGAUUCCGUUAAGGCAGGUGGGUCAGAGUGGUCAGCCGAAGAAUGGAUCCGAAGUUUGAACAGCAAUAUCCACACCGGUGGCUGGGCAAAUAGAGUACACUGGGCCGCUUGUACGAAGCUCGUCGACGACAUCCGCGCGGCGGGCGGCACGUGGACCGCGUAUCGACGACAGUCCCGCAAAGACGUGCUGCGCCUGCGGAGUCUGGUACUCCGCGGUCGCACAAAAGACGCCGCCGAUCCGGUCGCCGCCCGCGUCCUCCGCCUGCCCAACGAGCUAUGCUGGCACGUGUUGCAGUUCUGGCGCGCGACGAGCGCCGCCACGGGGGAGGUCAUCUAA